AUGUCCAUGGUGAUGGCAUGCUGGAAGCAGAACAACUUUGUCGACGCCCUCUGUUCCAAUGAAAUGCAGUCCUUCUACAAGUGUGUUGAGAAAGCCCAGGUACGGUGCUGCUACUCACAGUGUACCGGAAAUCCUUGCUCCAGGCUUAUUACACACACACCCCUCUCUCCCAACCUAGUUUAGGUCAGCAUUGUUAUGUUCUUCAUUAAACAUUUUAUUAGGAGACAAGGUAAUUAGGCAGCAUGGGUAACAUAGUUUUCUCUGGCGUUUCCUGGCUUGGGAGGAGUCAUAACAAAAAUCUUCCCAGGCCCUGUUUCCUUGUAGGUCUUCCUUCCUGCUUUGCUUUUGUUUUCCAUUCUUCCAUAAUUUCCCUUCCUCAGCUGAGGUGACCAGCUACCACAUGCUACUGUAGCACUGCAUGGAUGGAUGACAAGUCUUUGGCUAAAUUACGCUUUCAGUUUAGUGUCUACAAGAAAGUAAUACAUUAUUUACAAAUGUGAAUAAAUAGCUCAAAGCCAUUAUGCUUUACAUUGAAUUAGUAUUGAAUGAGGCAAUAAAAAAAUUAAACCGUUUUUGUCUAAAUGCAUUUCCUCACAGAUUGCAGUGAAAGCCAUAUCAGAGAAACACACUAUUGGCCAGGGGGGACGCCUUCAACCAAAACAAGCCACUACCCUGCUGAAGAGACACCCCAAUUUACACAAAGAAAUCUAG